UCUGUGAGUGUAAAAGACACAGAUCUCUCUCCUGUCAGUGGGGACGUGCUGGUUUUUAGCUCUCUGAAAAGCAGGGAGAUAAAAACCAGAAUGUCACCUAGUAACACACUACAGAGUACACAGUUAAAUCACUCCCUAACACACAUUUAACCCUUUGAUCGAUGUUAACCCCUUCCUGUUCCGGACUGUGGGACUGUGGCAGGCAUUCUGACACUGGGAGGAACUGACUUGGUGUCACUGACAUCCCCAGUGACACCAAUACAGU